AUGCCGCAUAGCCGAGACGUCGCCACCCGCCGCCACCACCCGUUCCUCCUCCUCGACGAGUCGUCUGCGGCAAUGGCAGCCACCGGUGCUGGAGUCGCUGCCGGUCCGACGCCCUCGGCGUCGCGCCGCCGGAUGCUGCUUCUGAUGGCGAACUACGCGGCGCUGCUGCUGGGGUCGGUGGCGUCGAGCCUGCUGUCGAGGUUCUACUUCGCGCACGGCGGCCGGAAUCGGUGGGUGGUCACGUUGGUGCAGUCGGCGGGCUUCCCGCUCCUGGUCCUGGCCGUGCUGGUCGCCGGCCGCCCCGCCGCUGCGCCGCGCCCGUUCGUGUGGUUCUCGCGGCGGUUCCUCGCGGUGUGCCUCGUCAUCGGCGCGCUCAUGGGCGCCAACAACCUGCUGUUCUCGUACAGCACGUCGUUCCUGCCCGUGUCGACGUCGUCGCUGCUGCUGUCCACGCAGCUCGCGUUCACGCUCGUGCUCGCCGCCAUCAUCGUCCGCCACCCGCUCACCUUCGUCAACCUCAAUGCCGUCAUCCUCUUGACGAUCAGCUCGGUGCUCCUCGCUCUCCGCGAAUCCGGCGACAGCCCCGAGGGCGGUGGCCGGUCGCACUACCUGAUCGGCUACGUCGUCACGCUGGGCGCCGCGGGGCUCUUCGCCGCGUACCUGCCCGUCAUGGAGCUCCUGUACCGCGAGGCGGUGUCCGGCGGGUUCAUCCUGGCGGUGGAGGUGCAGGCGGUGAUGCAAGCCAUGGCCUCUCUGGAGGCGGCGAUCGGUAUGGCGACGAAGGGAGGCCUGGACGGCGAACUGGCGCGCUGGAAGGGCUCCGCCGCCCUGUACUGGGUCGUGGUGCUGACGCUGGUGCUGACGUGGCAGGCGUGCUUCAUGGGCACGGCCGGCGUGAUCUACCUGACGUCGUCGCUCCACAGCGGCGUGUGCAUGACAGCCGUGCUCGCCGCCAACGUGCUGGGCGGCGUGGUCGUGUUCGGCGAUCCAUUCGGCGCCGAGAAGGGCAUCGCCACCGCGCUCUGCGCCUGGGGCCUCGCCUCCUACCUCUACGGCGAGUACACUAAGAAGAAGAAGGACGACGCCGCCGCCGCCGCCCUGUCCGCCGCCGACCUCGACGGCGUCCGAAAGAGCCUCACUGCUGGCGGUGACGCCGGAGGCGAACUGGAAACCGUCUGA